AUGGCAAGAAGUACCGACUUUGUGGAGAAUUUCGUCUUGUCUGUAACGACGAUGCUUUGUCGAUCAAGAUAUCAAAGGAUUGAAUAUGGAGGAAAGAUAGAGCUUAUUCUCAAUCAGUGCGAGUACAUCGCAAAGGAUCGAGGUGAACUUGGAAUUCUCAUGCCACUAUUUUCAAGUUCUUUGUACAGCAAGCAUGAAAUCAUUGACAUGGGAAUUCAAGGAAUUCGUCGCAGACAUCCACGUUCUCCCGAGUUAUGUAGGAUCGACUAUUGGAAAACGCAUGGAUAG